GCUCCUUAAAUAGUCCUACAGGGCUACAGCCGUGGAGCUCGGUAACCAGGUCACAGCACAAGGCUCCCUGGGAACGAGGGCAGGAUUAUUCCAGCCUGCAGACAGGGAACGUGAGGCUCCCAGGCGCUGCUGGCAUCCCAGUCCUCUGCUCAGACCCCAUCCCAGGGAGCCCUGUGGGUUUAGAAGGGGUGGCCUGCGCCUUUCCAAGCAUGUGUACCGCAUUCCUCGCUCUGGCGUGUGAGCACCUCCGCCCCCCUGCCUGACGGCGACUGGCCCGCCUGAGGGACACUGGCAGGCAAGAGCUAGUGAGAUCCCGAACGGGAAAAGCCCCUCGUGACCCGGGUCCGAGGUGGGGCGCAGCAUUGUCGCGCAGCGGCAAGCUGAAAGGGGGAGAACGGCCCAGCCCCACGGUGCCAAGUGGGACCUGGAGCAGGCGUCUACACUGUGGGAUCAGUGUCUCAACCCACACUUCUCUCGGGUGCGCUGUACCAGGGCCACCCCUUAGCCGCCGGCUGAGACCAGAAGCCAAGGGACCUGCCUGCUGAUUCCAGGGGCUGUAAGGGACACUCCAGUCCAGCCCCCUAGAAAGCCAGAGCUCUGUGUCCUGCUUAACCAGCCCCAGAACAACCUGGACGUCCCAGUGUAGCAGGCUGAUGAUCAAUGAACUCAGCCAGGUUCCCCUGCCGGUGAUGCUGCUACCCGAUGACUUUAAAGCCAACUCUAAAAUCAAAGUGAACAAUCAUCUCUUCAACAGGGAGAACCUGCCCAGCCACUUCAAGUUCAAGGAGUACUGCCCGCAGGUCUUCCGCAACCUCCGCGAGCGCUUCGGGAUUGACGACCAGGACUACCAGGUCUCCCUGACGCGCAGCCCGCCCCACUACGAAGGUGAGGGGAGCGACCGACGUUUCCUCACGUCCUACGACCGGACGCUGGUGAUCAAGGAGAUCUCCAGCGAAGACGUGGCUGAUGUGCACAGCCUCCUUUCGCACUACCACCAGUACGUGGUGAAGUGUCACGGGCUCACCCUGCUGCCCCAGUUCCUGGGGAUGUACCGGCUCAGCGUGGACAGCGAGGAGACCUACAUGCUGGUCAUGAGGAAUGUGUUCAGCCACCGGCUCGCCGUGCACAGGAAGUACGACCUGAAGGGCUCCCUGGUGUCCCGAGAAGCCAGCGACAAGGAGAAGGUCAAGGAGCUGCCCACGCUGAAAGACAUGGACUUCCUGCACAUGAGCCAGAAGGUGUACGUGGACGAGGGGCAGAAGGGUGACUUCAUGGAGAAGCUGAAGAGGGAUGUGGAGUUCCUGGUCCAGCUAAAGAUCAUGGAUUAUAGCCUGCUGUUGGGCAUCCAUGACGUGCUCCGGGCCGAGCAGGAGGAGGACGAGGAUCUGAAGGAGGAGGAAGAGGAGGGGGAAGACGUCCUGGCUGUGGGCUCCUACGGGACAUCCCCCGAGGGGAUCGGCGGCUACCUGAACUCCUACAAGCCGCUGAGCCCCGGGGAGUUUGACCCCUACGUCGACGUGUACGCCAUCAAGAGCGCGGAAGGCGGGCCCCAGCCGGAGGUGUACUUCAUGGGCCUCAUCGACAUCCUCACGCAGUACGACGCCAAGAAGAAGGCCGCGCACGCCGCCAAGACCGUCAAGCACGGGGCCGGCGCGGAGAUCUCGACCGUCCACCCCGAGCAGUACGCCAAGCGCUUCCUGGACUUUGUCACCAACAUCUUCGCUUAGUCGUUACCCGCCCGGAGAGGCCCCCCUCCUUCCCCCCCGUCUCGUCUUGUGGGAGCUGAAGAUCAAAGGUGUCCCCUGCCCCCCACCCCUUGGUCUUUGUGCCCCCCGCUGUUGGCUGGCCCGAGGGCUCAGCUGAGCUCCAGAGAAGCCCGGUGGCCGAGUGGGCCGGGCGGGCUCGGUUGCAAACCCAAGUGCCUUAUCUUUAUCCGCCCUGUCGGGCGGGAGAGCGGGGGAUGGAUCCUCUGACUGGGGUGGGGGGGCUGCUGGCUGAGGGGCCCUGUCAGCUCAGCCCAUGUCUAGGGCUGGGGUCUGCAACCAGCCCUGUCUACAGGGCAGAGGGUGGGGGGAGGCAGCCCGGGCCCUGCAAUAUGCAAUAAAAGAUUCGACUCUUUGGUGCCUUAGAGGGGGCAGACAGUUCCCCCCCUAGCAACAGUGACACCCCCGUCCCGUUUUCCCGAGCCUGGGGAUGGCAGCGGGUCCCCUCUCCUGCCCGCCCCCCGUGUGUGCUCCGCACUGGUCCCCCCCCCGCUCUCCCCAGAAGGGAGAAGGUUCUCUUGGCCUGUCCCGCGGUGUAAUUUAUUCCUAGGUGAAAUCUCCCGGCUGGGGUCGCGGGGGCAGUUGUUAACACUAGUUUGCAUUGGGGUCCCAGCCCCCCGCUCUGCAGCCACCUCUCCCCACACACUAUGUCCCCGGGGCCUGCCCCCAGCCUCACCCGCACGAGGCCACGAGCCAUGUUUGGUGCCAGAGCCUGGGUUCGAGGCAGGGCCGAGCUUUGGGCCACUGGUCCUCGUCUCUGGGCUGCUGUGGCCGGAAACUGCCCCGCGUGCCGGAGGGGAGCGACUGGGCGCAGAGCUCCCUCCCCCCGGGCUGCGCGUAUGCUGGGCUCCCGGGGCCGGCAGGCC